GGGAAGGUGGGGGCAAUCAUGGUGCCGCUGGGGAGGGGAGAAGCUGCUGCCGCCGCCGCCGUUGCCGGGAGCCGCGGAGACAGGUCACUACCUUUCCAUUUCUCACAAUUGGGCUGAGCACGACUGAACCAUGGGGGAACACAGUCCAGACGACAGCAUCAGCUACUUUGAGGUAGAGGAAGAUGAGCUGACCCCCGAUGACAAGAUGCUCAGGUUUGUGGAUAAGAACGGACUGGUGCCUUCCUCAUCUGGAACUGUUUAUGAUAGGACAACUGUUCUUAUCGAGCAGGAUCCUGGCACUUUGGAAGACGACGAUGACGAUGGACAGUGCGGAGAACACUUGCCUUUUCUAGUAGGGGGUGAAGAGGGCUUUCAUCUAAUAGAUCAUGAAGCAAUGUCCCAGGGUUAUGUGCAACACAUUAUCUCACCAGAUCAGAUUCAUUUAACAAUAAACCCUGGUUCCACACCCAUGCCAAGAAAUAUCGAAGGUGCAACCCUCACACUGCAGUCGGAAUGUCCAGAAACGAAACGUAAAGAAGUAAAGCGGUACCAGUGCACCUUUGAGGGCUGUCCCCGCACCUACAGCACAGCAGGCAACCUGCGCACCCACCAGAAGACCCACCGGGGAGAGUACACCUUUGUCUGUAAUCAGGAGGGCUGUGGCAAGGCCUUCCUCACCUCCUACAGCCUCAGGAUCCACGUGCGGGUGCACACGAAGGAGAAGCCGUUUGAGUGCGACGUGCAGGGCUGUGAGAAGGCAUUCAACACGCUAUACAGGCUGAAAGCACAUCAGAGGCUUCACACAGGGAAGACGUUUAACUGUGAAUCUGAAGGCUGCAGCAAGUACUUCACCACGCUCAGUGAUCUGAGGAAGCACAUUCGAACCCAUACAGGAGAAAAGCCAUUUCGGUGUGAUCAUGAUGGCUGUGGAAAAGCAUUUGCAGCAAGCCACCACCUUAAAACUCACGUCCGUACACAUACUGGUGAAAGACCCUUUUUCUGCCCCAGUAAUGGCUGUGAGAAAACGUUCAGCACUCAAUACAGUCUCAAAAGUCACAUGAAAGGUCACGAUAACAAAGGAAAUUCAUACAGUGCACUUCUAAAUCACAAUGGAUCAGAGAUAAAGAAACUGAAGCACACUGACCCCCCUUUGAAUAAUGCGGUUCUUAAAGAUACAAAUCACUCACUUUGUCUGAGGAAUUUAAGCCUUCUGUCCACAGAUUCCGAAUUUCAAGAAAACUCCAAUACAGGCCAGAACAUUUUCAGCACACUUUCACCAGCAAUCAUUUUUGAACCAAUGUUCCAGAAGUCAGAUGAUCCAGCAAUUCAGGAAGAUCCUCAACAGACAGCUGCCUUGAUUGAACAUUUUAAUGGUGAUGCAGAGUCAGUCAGUGAUGUUCUGCCAUCCACAAGACAUUCAGCAUCUUUAUCUCUUCCACUUGUACUGCAGCCUGGCAUCUCCGAGCCACCCCAGCCUCUACUACCAGCCUCAGCACCAUCUGCUCCUCUGCCUGCUCCCUCCCUAGGAACUGGUUCCCAGCAAGCUGCAUUUGGCAACCCCCCUGCUCUCUUACAACCUCCAGAAGUGCCUGUUCCCCACAGCACACAGUUUGCUGCUAAUCAUCAAGAGUUUCUUCCGCACCCCCAGGCACCGCAGCCCAUCGUGCCGGGACUUUCUGUUGUCGCUGGGGCUUUGGCGUCAGCAGCGGCAGUGGCGUCAGCCAUGGCAGCGCCGCCUCAAACACAGAGUACUACUGAGCCCCUGCCGGCCAUGGUCCAGACUCUGCCCCUGGAUGCCAACUCCGUCCUAACUAGUAAUCCCACUAUAACGAUCACCCCAGCUCCCAGCACAGCUCUCCUGCAGCCCAGCCUCGUCAUGGGAGAACAGAACUUACAGUGGAUACUGAACGGUGCCACCAGCUCACCACACACCCAAGAACAAAUGCAGCAAGCAUCUAAAGUUGAGAAGGUGUUUUUUACCACUGCAGUACCAGUAGCCAGUAGCACAGGGAACGCUGUACAGCAGAUUGGCCUCAGCGUCCCUGUGAUCAUCAUCAAACAAGAGGAGGCCUGUCAGUGUCAGUGUGCGUGCCGGGACUCCGCCAAGGAGCGGGCGGCCAGCAGGAGGAAGGGCUGUCCUUCCCCUCCCGCUCCAGAGCUGAGCACCCAGCCUCCUGAUGAGCCCAGCCUGAAGCUACCACCGCAGACUUUUUCCCCGCCCCCGAUCCCCCUGUCGUCCUCCUCCGCCGCAUCCUCUUCCUGUGAGCAAAGCAGACAAGUAGUGACUCCUUCAGACCCUCAGACAGAAACGUUACGUGCCAUGGAUAUGUCAGAAUUUCUGUCCCUCCAGAACCUGGACACGCCGUCCAAUCUGAUUCCCAUUGAAGCACUACUGCAGGAGGAGGAGGAGAUGGGCCUGACCAGCAGCUUCUCCAAGUGAAAGGCCCGGAUGUGCUCACCUCCAGGAACAGAGGCUGAGCAGGAGGCAGAAGGUGCGACGCCUACUAUCGUGGGGUCAGCAGUUUGAAGGAGGAAGAAAUCUACUGUUUGAAAUCCUCACCUUUCAGACAUAUUUUCUUUAUUCAUAUCCCAGGAGCAUCCAUUUUUAAGGAACUGAUCUUUGGAGAAAAAGAAACAAACAAACAAAAACGGAACAAAACAAAACAAAAAAAAGCUAAGUUAUAAAUGAACUGUUUGGCUGCACUGUAUGUCACUUUUGCUUAUUGUCAUAUGAACUUGGAAAUUAAGGUUACUCGUAUGCAUAAAAAUUCUAAAUGAAAGGGUGUGGUUUCCAUCAAUCUGAGGCUGCCCAUCACUUGCACUGGGGUCUUUGUAGUCUGGGCAGUAGAGUUCAGUGUGUCGGGUGUUGCUGCUCCUUCUAUGUCUUUUGAGUCUGAGGCUGAAGCUUGCUUGGAAGGCCAGACCCUCGCUCCAUCAGAGAGGGAAGUGGCAAAGGCAGGUCAGACAGCCAUGAGCUGGACAGGGAUCACGUGAGAUGGUUUCGUUGUCUGCGCUUGGUGUUGGUGGAGCUCAGGGUGACUAUGGCAGGUGUCAUCCUGCAGCCCAAAGGGGCAGCUAAAAGCCUGGCCCGAGGCCGCGGGGACGGUCCGCUUCCGCAGGGACCCCAGGCAAGUUGUUGACUGCUCUCUGUCCAUGACACAUGUGCAGAACAGGCUCUAGUGAUGUGAUCACAGUCUUUGCCUCCGGGUUCUCUCUUUCUCCGUUGGUCGCCAGGGCUUGCAGAUCACAGUGAAUUUUUCUCGGGGAACAUCCCUGCUUUGUCCUAGAGUGGACUUGUGGUUUAUGGCCAGUCGCUGGCUGGUGGUCUGCCUUCCUUGAAGGGUACCUUCUUCCUCAGAGCAGAAGAGCUGCAUUUUGCUGAUCAGGAGAAGGUGCAGCUUUACAGGAGUUCUGUUCAGGCGCCAUGUCAUCGGCAGGCUGGGUGUCCUGGUUCUGGGUUCCAGCCAGGCCUUUGGUUGCCCAGCCCCAUCUCCGCCUCUCACCCCUCUGGAUUUUGCAUACAGCCUAGUACAGUGCAAAGAAGGAUGUGACUUGCUCAGCUUAGUCAUAUGAUUUCUAAACAAAAAACAAAAAAAGAAAAAAAAAAACACAAAGCGAUGAUCUUCUACUCAGGGUAAAACAAAAAAAUUCCCCUUCCACCAAAAAGCCUGAAAUGUUGCAAUAAGUUAUCUCAUUUGGAAUGUUUCAUUAAGUUGUAUUAUAGGAAAAAAAAUUUUUUUGAUCUGUGUAUAGGAUUAUAUCCAUCUUUCUGCCUUUGGCUCUGAGUCAGUCAUUGCCUCUUAAAAUAAAACAUAAAAUACAAUCCACACUAAAAUGGAAAGUUUCUCUUAACUGGCUACAUCAGUGUAGUCAUGAGUGCUCCCCCACUCACUGAGCUCAGAAGCUAGGCAUGGCCCAAUGUCUAGACUGGGCCUCUGCCUCCCAAGGGCCCCCUCCCUGCCUUGAGCGAGGGGCAGGGUGCCACAAACAGGGCUGCCCUUCUGAGUCAACGAUGUCGGGCAGAAAGCAGCCGUAACUUGCCUUCCUUUCCCAGUCCCUAAGGUGGAGAGAUUUGUCACUCUCCUGUUCUCUGCGCCAUUACUCAGGGCCAGCCAAGACAGCAUCCAGAGCAGAUCAUUUCCCUGGGAGCCAGAGGCCCUGCCUUUAACAGGAUGUUCAGGGCCAGAUUUGGACAAGAGGGCAGUGGUGGUAAAUGUUACUGCCAUGAGGAGAAAUGGGCUUACCUACAAGCAGCUGGUGGUUUCUCAUUGCAGGAGUCUAGUCACGAGAAUCGGGGUUUUUUUUUUGACCCUCUGCACUCUCCUGUCCAAAAGGCUGGUGGGUUCUGGCGGCCACUGGCCUCAGCAGAAGUUGAUUAGGCAGGAGGAACCUUCUAUUACCGCAGUAGUUCACCUUCCUGGAAAACCAGCUGCUGAGCAUGGGUUGUUCUUGGCCGUCUCUGGGCCUUGCACCCAUAGGAAGGUUUGCGGUAGGACCCUGGCUGUUUUCUCCACACCUUCCGAGAGAGAGAGCGGCCUGUGGGUCCCAAAUGACCUCCCCACAUGCCCAUCCUAGGCUCACCUGAGAUUCGGUUCCCUGGGAGCUGAGGUGGAAAGCAGGAGCCUAGGGAAGGCUGUCGGAAGUGCCAUGGUUGAAAUAUUGCUUCCCUUCGGCCAGCCCGGGCUGUGCUUGUGUUGGGGUCCACCCAGGUCAGUGGCUUUUCUGCUCCAAAGAUCAGGGGUGAUGAAGAAACUGUGUUUGGGCUGACAGACUUUCCUAGUUGAAGUAUCUGCCUUUUGAGGGUACUAGAGAGUACAAGGGGGACCAUCAGAUCCAAUCAGCUUUUGAAAACAUCAAGAAUGUGCUUAAAAUGCUAGUGAGUGGUUGUGAAGAGUACGUUUACUCCACAGGGUAGGCAGUCUCUCCUUUCCUUCUUCUAACACUCUUCCCCGCCCCUGUCCCUUCUAUCAGCCUGGCCCCUAGUGUCAAGGAUCUUGGAGAAGAGAGGGCGCUGACUAAAGUGGAACCACAAAGAGCCUUCAUGGAGAGUGGUUUUCAAACCCAGGAGUGAACCUAGGGUGAGGCUAGGGAAGGUGUGCAGACUUCAGGUAAAAUCACGCCUUUUUUCUUCCCAUGGUAACCUUAAUCAUUUUCACCCUGUAGAUUGAGACUUCCAGCUCCCACUAGCAUCUCCAGUUAUACUGCCCCUUUACAGAAUGCUAGUCAGCCUGGGGAAUUGUGGAGUUCACGGGCUUGGCAGGUGGCAGGAAACCUUGGCUGGCACCACCAAACUGCCUUAGUGAAUUUGGUCCUUCCCAGGCAGGUGGGUGAGGCAUUGAGGGAAAGUGGCCCUGCCUUUCCUGACAGUUUGGCCAACCUCAUGGGGGUAUCACUAGUUUGAUGACAGGAAUUGGUGUCAUUCAUUGAAUUCCACCCCUACCCCUCCGCCCUCGCAGAAGGAGAUCAUGGUACAACGUCCAGGAGGGGCCUUAAGGUGUGAAGGCCUCUCUGGGCAGAAGCAAGGGACUUCUCUUCACCACAUCUGGGAGAGUCAGUAGAUUGGAGAGUUUACUUUCAGGGUCAAGGCAGCGGACUGAUGGGGA